UUGAUUUUGCUGAUUCAGAAAAAAACUAGGAAAAACUUAAUUAAAUCAAGUAUGGGCGACGAAAAUCUCUUUGAGUUCCUUCAUUUCGAGCUAGUGAACUAUUGUGUUAAUGAUAAAAGGGAAAAUGAACAAACUCAGUCAACAAAAAUUUCCCAAUUAGAGUAUGUUGGAUUUUCCACUGGAUAUCGCCUAAUUGAGCGACUUACAAGAGAAAUGCCACGAUUUAAGGAUGAAUUAGACACGAUCAAGUUCAUUUGCACAGAUUUCUGGUCAAGUAUAUUUAAAAAGCAAGUCGAUAAUUUAAGAACUAAUCAUCAAGGCAUUUACGUCCUUCAAGACAACACAUUCCGAUUCCUAAGACAAAUAUCCAACACGUCUCAAUACCUAGACUUAGCACCAGCACACGUAGUCUUCACUUGUGGACUAAUUCGUGGAACAUUGGCAAAUUUGGGCAUCAAUGCAAUAGUUACAGCUGAAAUAGUAAGCAUGCCGUCAUGUAAGUUUCAUAUUCAAGUAAAACAUUAG